GAGGGAGAGGGCGCGGCGACACCGGAAGUAGUUGGCUCUCACGUCCGGGCUUCGGUCGCAGCGACUUGUCUCGGGGCCUAGCGACAACAUGGCGGACUUGUCUCUGGACGAGCUGAUCCGGAAACGCGGCGUCAGUGUGAACACGAAGGGGAGGCUGAACACAAGGCCAUUAUUUGGUGGUAGACCUCGAAUUGGAGUUCAACAAACUUUUCUAAGCAGAUCAGCACCAAGUGUUGGUUUCCAGAGGACAUUUGAUGCACGACAGAAGAUUGGCCUUACUGACGCCCGACACAAAAUUGGCGUGAAAGAUGCCCGGGAGAAACUGCUUCAGAAAGAUGCCAGGUUUAAAAUCCAAGGAAAAGUGCAAGACGCCCGGGAAAUGCUGAAUUCCCGAAAGCAGCAAGUGACCAAAGUUGUUGAUGCCAGAGAGAAGAUCAGUCUGAAAAGAAGCACUCCUAGUGCAGCCAUUGUGAAAGCUGCUGUGGAAACGGUGGCCCCUGCCAUGAAGAUCACAAAAACAAUUCAACAGAAGGCUGCAACUCCACUGCACACUCAUCCUGCAUGCAUGAAGGUCAACAUUGUGAACAAUCACACAAACAAACAGUCUCCGUAUGAUGUAGAAGAUGAUGAAGAAACUGUAUCUCCCCUUCCUAAUAAGCAAAUGAAGAUCACUACCACAAGCAGCUUUCUGCACAGUGCGGCUGGACUCAGUGGCAACAAGUUCUCUCUGUCAAAGACAGUCCCCCUCACAAAAGUUGUGCAGAAUGAUGCCUAUACGGCCCCCACAGCUCCACCGUCCCCCAUCCGGACAAAGGCCCUGACAAACAUGUCCCGAACCUUGGUGACCAAGGAAGAACCUCCCAAAGAGCCACCACCAGUUGAGCCGGCCUUCAGCCCAUUAGAAGGUACUAAAAUGACUGUGAAUAAUCUGCACCCUCGAGUCACUGAAGAGGAUAUUGUUGAGUUGUUUUGUGUAUGUGGUGCCCUAAAGCGAGCCCGUUUAGUGCACCCCGGAAUGGCUGAGGUGGUUUUUGUGAAAAAGGAAGAUGCCAUUACUGCGUAUAAGAAAUACAACAACAGAUGCUUGGAUGGCCAGCCAAUGAAAUGCAACCUUCAUAUGAAUGGGAAUAUCAUCACAUCAGACCAACCUAUCUUGCUUCGAUUGAGUGACACCCCCUCAGUGAAGAAGGAAGGUGAACCACGUCGAACAAGUGUAGGAACCGCCUCAAAUCCACCAGCUGAAGUGGAUCCUGAUACCAUCUUAAAAGCACUCUUCAAAUCCUCAGGGACCUCCGCCUCUGUGCAACCUACAGAGUUCAAAAUCAAACUUUGAGGAGUGGCAGGCAAGGAGUGGACUGGAAAACUUGUUGAGCGUGGGAAAUAGGGAGACAAGUGUGGGAACGCAACUGAUGUUGUGUUUGACCAUGCUGAAACCUUUGUUUUUCUACAAUUGCUACCUUCCUGUACAGUAGUGUUCUCCCUAAUGUAUGUGUUCUGUUUUCAUAGUUGGAGUUUUUGUCCACAUAUUUCUAAUGGAAUAAUCUUCCCUUCCUCCAGUGAUAUAUCACCAAGCUUAGAACAUUUAACUCUUUUUCCUUUGUUUCAACCACCCUACCUGUAUCCAGCCAGUGAAAAGUGCAGCUAGCAAAGGAUGUGAGUAGCAUCUGUUUGGCACUUGCACCCUUUGAGUGAGAGAUGAGAGUCCUUUUUACUGAUGAUGGACUGCAUUUCCUUUUCAAUUCAGCUCUGCCUGUAGCAGAGGCCAGGAUUUGGUAGCAGUUUUAGCUGUUCUGAAAUUGUAAAAUUAGUGAAGGAGAAGCAGCAGCAAAUGUUCUCUUCGUUCAGCAGCUAAUGGAAGGGACUGUGAAGGCAAUGCAAAUAGGUAUAGGCACAGGAACAUAGCACAUCUUACACUUCAUCAUCUUCUUUUGUCGUUGUAAUAAUCUGCUAGUGCACUGAGAGAAAGAAGCAUGUGCCCUGGUGUUGGUGUACUCUUCAGUCCAGGAAGUCUCACAGAUGCUCUCUUUGUGAGAAUGCAUGGGCUUUCUUUCACUUUGUAUCAUUUACAAUGUGUUUUUACUAUGAAAUUAUGUAUUGGGCAAGAAGAAAGUGUUUCUGGCUUCAGCAGUCACUUCUCAUGCCUGAUGCCUUAGAAGCACUGCAGUGAACAGAGGUCCUCAUUCGUUCAGUCCUGACAGAUUCUGAUGCACCACUAUGUUUUGUAGCACCUACACCUUUCUUGGAGGCUAAUGACACCCAAAUAAACUCCAGUGAUAACCCCCUAGGAACUAUUUCUACAGGGCAUCUGUUUUUACCCUACACUACCUUAUCCCCGAGUGUAAUAGUCAGGGGGGAAAAAUCCAGCCUUCUCUCGUGGAAUUGUCAAUUGUAAGAGUUGCAUCUUUCAGUACUCUGGGCAUGACUGCUGCUCCUGUACAGCACUGUUGCUUAUUUUUCUGUACUGGGAAAUGGUGGGUGUCUCUUGAGGUUCAUAUAGAGGAGAAUCUACGUAUCGGUUUGGCAUAGAACAGGGAUAGCAGGAAAAUGAGUUGCCUAUAGCAAAUGAGGAUGAUUUGUUUUUUGGCCAUGCUGAAUUUCCUCUGACAUGCCAGUCUUUGCUAAGACUUCCUUUUUCUAGCAACCCAUUUAGUCCAGUGAAAAUGGAAAACUGACAAGGGUUAAGAAUAAUUGCAUUGGUUUUAUACUAAAUAAACAUGCAGAUACUUGUAUGGGGGCUUGCAUUUUUAUACUUCCAGCUACAAGACGAGAGCAUUGCUGUUUAUCUGUGCUAAAACCCUGCAGUGUAAUAUAUCUGCUUUCUUCCAUUGUAGAACCUGGUGCUCAGUGGAUUCUACAUUCCUUUUGCUCUUUGUUCUGUACAGUUUCUUAGUUUCAUUUAGCAGGUACACAUGUUAUGUCACACAGUAAACCUUCACAACAUGGAAGGCAUUUGCCUCCCAAUGGGUUUUUUUAAUCUGAAUUACUAAUUUGGACCGGUCAUAAUUUCACCCUUCCUGGGGAGAUGUGCUUAUGAACGACAAUUGAUAUUUUGUGCAGAACUGCUGUUCCCUGUACCUGUGUUUCAUUAGCAGUUGGUUACAGGGGAAGGGAAGGUUGGGGCUGGAGGACAUUAUGUAUUAUGUUUCUGAAUAAACGUUUGUUAUACAGAA